AUGGGGCAGUAUCCAGGAUCUGACAUCAUCCCGGCAUCCAGCCAGGGGACUCAACACUGCUUUAUGCCAGGCUGCUCCAUGCUCACACAGCGUUGUAACCCUGCCUGUGACAUUCACAGAAAAGACUUUUCCCUCUUUGCCUGCGCUGCCAAUCACCUGAACAGUCACCCUUUAAAACUUGUGAAACCACCCACUGGGUGUCAGGAGCUGAAACUCCCAACCCUCUCAUUAAGCUUGGAUGGAAAGAUUUCUAAUCAGACCACUGGCGCUCCAGCUCCGUCCUGGCUUAUCUGGAUCCUGACUGAAAGUGAAGGGAAUGGAAUUGGAUUUAUUGAAACAGCCAAUCAUGAUAAGGAAAACUUUUUCCAUUACAGUGAGUUCUCUGGUGAUGUUGAUAGCUUGGAACUGGGGGUCAUGGUCGAGUAUAGCUUGUCCAAAGGCAAAGGCAAUAAAGUCAGUGCAGAAAAAGUGAACAAAACACACUCAGUGAAUGGCAUUACUGAGGAAGCUGAUCCCACCAUUUACUCUGGCAAAGUCAUUCGCCCCCUGAGGAGUGUUGAUCCAACACAGACUGAGUACCGAGGAAUGAUUGAGAUUGUGAAGGAGGGCGAUAUGAAAGGUGAUGUCUAUCCAUUUGGUGUCGUUGGGAUGGUCAACAAUAGGGAUUGCCUGCAGAAAGGGGAAAGCAUCAAGUUCCAAUUGUGUGUCCUGGGCCAAAAUGCACAAACUAUGGCUUACAACAUCACACCCCUGCAUAGGGCCACAGUGGAAUGUGUGAAAGAUCAGUUUGGCUUCAUUAACUAUGAAGUAGGAGAUAGCCAGAAGCUCUUUUUCUGUGUGAAAGAAGUUCAGGAUGGCAUUGAGCUACAGGCAGGAGAUGAGGUGGAGUUCUCAGUGAUUCUUCAUCAGCCCACUGGCAAGUGCAGCGCCUGUAAUGUUUGGCGAGUCUGAGGCCCCAAGGCUGUUGCAGCUCCUCGACCUGAUUGGUUGGUCAAUCGUUUGAAGAACAUCACUCUGGAUGAUGCCAGUGCUCCUCACCUAAUGGUUCUUCAUCAGCCAAGGGGACCAGAUAACUCAAUGGGGUUUGGUGCAGAAACAUCCGUCAAGCUGAUGUCAUUGACUAACCACAUCCACAAAACAUAUUUUUAA